UCCAAACAACCGAAUGGAAGUGAAAAACUGACCCUAAAACACGCAGCAGCACCUACCGUAUCCCUUCGAGCUCGCCGUAGGGGAAGAGAAUGGGGACUGUCCUCGACUCCCAUUUCUUGGCCCUAACCGCUCUCGUCACUGCUCUCUGGGUGUGGACUGUUAGCUUGCCUCUCACAAUUGUGAAUGCUGGUGAUAGAAAUCCAUCUGUCAAACCUCAAGAUAUAAUUGGUUGGAUAAUGUGGUGUGUGGGCUUAUUUAUUGAAGCAACUGCUGAUCAGCAGAAGUUGAUGUUCAAGAAUUCUCCUUCUAAUAGGGGAAAAUGGUGCAAUGUAGGACUUUGGAAAUAUUCUCGUCACCCAAAUUACUUUGGUGAGAUUCUCCUAUGGUGGGGAAUAUUUGUAGCUUGUACUCCUGUUCUUGAAGGUGCAGAAUGGCUAGUAGUUGUUGGACCUAUAUUUGUGACUCUUUUGCUUCUUUUUGUUAGUGGCAUCCCCCUACUUGAGAAAUCAGCUGAUAAGCGUUUCAAGUCUGUGGCAGAGUACCAUUUCUACAAAAGCACAACAAGCCCUCUUGUUCCAUUGCCACCUUUUAUAUAUGGAAAACUGCCACAGUGGUUCAAGGUAGCUUUCCUUUUCGAGUUCCCUCUCUAUAGUCGAGGUUUUCCACAUGAAGGUUAAGCCGACAGUGCUAAAAUUUCUCCAGAAAUCAAUUCCUGUGAUGUAUAUACACUUUUUCUUUGUCAUUCUAUCUAAACUAUACAUAAUUUUAUGAGGAACUGGAUAUGAUUUCAUCAUUGUCAAGUUCUACUCUUCCUAUUGAGAGUUUGAUGCUGCCAUAGAAAAUAAGACACUGUAUAGUUCGCAUCGGAUUGCAGAAUCCUUGAAUUUACAGUG